GACGAGGAGCUGCGCUCCUCCAUCGCCAUCGCCGACGACUACUUCAAGUCCAGCAUCCGGCGCUUCCGCCUGGGCAGCUUCCAGCUGCACAACACAGCGAUCAAGGAGGAGUUUGUGCAUCUGUGCGAGAAACUGCCCGAAAUCAUCGGGGACGCAGGCCUGCUGGAUGAAAUAAUGGGCGUGCACGAGCACGCCCCCCAGUCGGAGGAGGUGGGCGCGCAGGCGGCUUUUGUCGUCGAAAGCGUCGCCGAUUGGCUGGCGAUCGGCCUGGACUUCGGCAUGGCCAAUCAGCAGGAGCAGCCCGCCUACAAGAUCAGACACAUCAAGGGCGGCGUGCGCCUCGCCGCCCUGGUGGGCGCCAGUGAGCCGUUCGUGCGCCACUUGUGGCGCAUCGAGUUCAGUCUGCACGACGCCCUGCUCAGCCUGUACGCGCAGGAUUUCAUGGCGCUCAGCAUCCAGCUGCUGGUGCUGCAGGCGCUCGACGCCUACCUGCUGCAUCGCGAUGCAGUGGCGCGCUUCCUGGCCGCCGGCGGCUACAGCGUCAUCAUGCGGGCGAUGGCCGCCAAGCGGCAGGUGCGUCAGACGUUCGCGCUCGCAUGCAUCCUGCGCAAGCUGAACCUCUACGAGUGUCUGCAGGAGUUGCGCGCCCACUUGGAGGAGCUGCGCCGCGAGGGGGCGCUGGCGCCCCCCACCCUGCUGGUGGUGGCCCAGGCGCUCAAUCAGGUGUUGCAGUACUGUCGCGGGGGGCCGUUCGCCAUGGAGCAGCCGCGGCGCUUUUUGCCAGUCUCCGCGCAGUUUGAGCUGCCGCGCCUGGCCACGCCCCCCAACAUGCCGGUGCGCUACUUCGAGAUGGCCGGCCUGCUGGAGGGGCUCCUGCUGCUGCUGGCCGGCCGCAGCACUCUGAACCUGCCCGCCAUCAAGGCGCCCGUUCUCGCCGUGCUGGCCACGCUGCUGGAGGACGUGGAGGGCGUGCGCUUCCUGUCCAGGCGCGCCCCCACCGCCAACGCGCUGCUCAAAUGCCUGCUGCGCCCCGAAGACGACGAGCUGCAGUACGGCGAAACGCUGGAGGCGCAGUCGCACCAGCUGGGGCUGCAGCUCGCCUACAAGCUGCACGCGCUCCAUCUGGUGGAUGCGCUGCGCGCCCUCAGCGCCCUGGACUGUGACGCCGGUGACGUCGUUGACAAUCUUCAUCAGCUGUUUUGCUUGACGUUUGCGCCCGUGGGGCGCCAGUGCGUCGGCGAGGUGGUCGCCAUGGGCGACCACGCGCUCGCCCUGCUGCAGUUCCUGAAGACGGCGCCCGGGGCGGAGUCGCCCGGCGCCGCCUACAUCGUGGACUUGCUCCAUGUGGCCGUCGUGCUGGUGGGCGACGUGCCGUUUCUGGAGCGGUUCUCUGGGCGCAUCCGGGAAGCGCUGGCGCUCGUGGCGGAGCCCAGCGGGCGCGUCGCGGAAGUGCGCAGCUAUUUGCUGGACGGGUGCCCCUUGAGCGGCUGCCAUGUGGCGGCGCUGCUGGGCAAAGUGCAGGAGCACCUGGACGGGGCGGUGGCCAGCCCGGGGCCGGUGGUGGGGGCGCUGCGCGCCCUCCGCCACCUGGGCGUGGCCCCCCAGGUGGGCGGGGCCCAAGACCCGCUCACCCAGUUCGUCGAGCUGAAGUACAAGCACGUGAUUUUGGAGCUGUUCUCAUUGGACGGCAGCACCGUGCUGACGCGCCUGCUGCAGAAGUUGUGCGCCCACUUCGAGCAGCCGGGCGUGCACAGUUCGAUCUUCGCCUCCACCCAGGGCCUGCUGCUGGCCAACACGAUCGAGCCGGCGCUGGCGCUGCUGCAGGAGAUGCUGGCGCACGUGAUCCAGUGCCGGGGCACCGAGUUCAAGGACCUGACGGCGGUGCCGGUGCUGCUGCGCACCUACACGCUGCUGGACAGCUUCCCGGCC